AUCAUCUUAUAUAAAUAGCAAUACAUAGAUUGCUCUUCCUCACCAAAACACCAUUGCACAAAUGGAGUUCAUUAGUGUAAAACUACCAUCACUAUCCAAAUUUCUUCUUUUGACAUUCUCAUACUUCACAUAUCUCUCAUUGGCACUAUCUUUUGUUCCUCAAAACCAAGAUCCCCGUUUAGACUUCUUGAUUCCUCACAACAAAGCUCGAGCCCAAGUCGGGGUCCCACCUCUAACAUGGAACAUGACCGUGGCAGCAUAUGCUCGCGGAUAUGCAUACCAAAGAUACGGUGAUUGUGAAAUGCAACACUCACAAGGCCCUUUUGGGGAAAACCUAGCCGAAGGUUAUGGUGACCAAUUCACUGCAACCGAUGCGGUUAACUUGUGGGUCGACGAGAAACAACACUAUGACUAUGAGUCGAAUUCGUGUGUCGGUGAUGAAUGUCUUCAUUAUACACAAGUGGUUUGGCGUGAUUCCAUUCAUCUUGGAUGUGCUAAAGUUAAGUGUCAUAACGGUUGGUCGUUUGUUAUUUGUAGUUAUGAUCCACCAGGGAAUUAUGUGGGCCAACGUCCAUAUUAAACUUUCUACUCAAUAUAUAUAUGGAUAAUGGAUCCAUUAUCGCUUUUACUUAGAGCAUUGUAAUAUUAUCCGGCACCAUUUAAUAUAAAGAUGGUUGUUACA